AUGUCACCACUGCCUAGCGACCGGGGCUCCUUGCUCCCAGACCCAACAAGUGACCUACACUGGGGCGAUUAUCGUGGGGCCAUCCACGAGAUAUUCGCAUCCAAUGCGAAGCGUGUGCCCGACAGGACAUGCGUCAUUGAGACUCGGAGCUCGCAAUCCCCUCAACGCACCUUCUCGUACCGCCAGAUCAACGAGAGCUCCAACCAGCUGGCACAUCAUUUCAUAGCUCAAGGCUGCAAUGUGGGCGAUGUCGUCAUGAUAUACGCCUACCGAGGCGUCGACCUCGUCGUUGCCUACAUGGGUGCCCUCAAGGCUGGUGCAACCGUCAGCGUGCUUGACCCGCACUACCCUGCGGAGCGCCAGAAGGUCAUCUUGGAUGUCGCAAGACCCAGGUUUCUCGUCUACAUCCAGAAGGCCGUCGACGAGUUUGGCAAGCCGCCCGAGCUCGUUGAGGACUUCAUCGCCAACACCCUAGACCUCAAGUCUGUCAUUCCAGCCCUGCAUCUUUCCGACAGUGGUGAGUUGAGUGGCGGCCAUCUCGACGGCCAAGACUGCCUGGCAGCUCAGGCGUCCUGCAGAGAGCAAGAUCCCAGCGUCGUCGUCGGUCCCGAUUCCAUUCCUACCCUGAGCUAUACGAGCGGCAGUGAGGGUAGGCCGAAGGGCGUUCAGGGGCGUCAUUACUCGCUCACCUACUACUUCCCCUGGAUGGCAGAGAGGUUUGGCCUAUCGGAGCGGGACAGAUUCACCAUGCUCUCCGGCAUUGCCCAUGAUCCGAUCCAAAGAGACAUUUUUACGCCGCUCUUUCUGGGUGCCGUGAUAGUCGUCCCUCCAGCUGAGGUCAUCACGUACGGAUUGCUCGCCGAGUGGAUGCAUGAGCACAAGACCACCGUCACUCAUUUGACUCCUGCCAUGGGCCAGAUCCUUGUUGGUGGUGCCACAACUCAGUUCCACUCCCUUCGGAAUGCCUUCUUUGUCGGAGAUCUUCUCACCAAAAAGGACUGCAAGAAGCUACGCGAUCUCGCACCCAACACCACCGUCAUAAACCUCUUUGGAUCGACCGAGUCACAACGCGCAGUGUCCUUUUUCGAGGUCCCGAGCAAAGCCAAGGAUCCGGCCUUUCUUGAGUCCGUGCCAGAUAUCAUUCCGGUUGGCCAAGGCAUGAAGGAUGUUCAGCUCUUGGUCGUUGACCGUGAGGACAGGCACAGGCUGUGCGGAGAAGGCGAGCAAGGCGAGCUGUGGAUCAGGGCUGGAGGUUUGGCCGAGGGAUACCUCGGCGAUGACGACAGGACGGCAGAACUAAACCGGUCCAAGUUCGUUCCCAACUGGUUUGUUGACCCUGCCAAGUGGGCACAGCAGGACAAGCACCAGAACCUCCCCCAUUACAAGGGUCCGCGAGACCGCCUGUACCGAACUGGUGAUCUUGGCCGGAUCCGCCCCGACGGAAGUGUCGAGUGUACAGGCCGGAUUGAUUCUCAAGUCAAGAUCCGCGGCUUCCGGAUCGAGUUGGGCGAGAUCGACAUCAAUCUAUCCCAGCACCCAUUCGUACGCGAGAACGUCACGGUUGUUCGAAGAGACAAGGACGAGGAGCAGACGCUUGUCACGUACUUUGUCCCAGAGACGAAGCGGUGGUUCCAGCACCUCCAACCCCAUGAGGAUGGGGAAGCCAUCGAGCAGGAAAUCGCCUACGAGACCAUGGCUGGAAUGCUCAGACGAUUCAAGCUGUUGUCUGACGACUGCAAGAAGUUCCUAGCGGCCAAGGUUCCCAAGUACGCUGUUCCCAGCAUGUUUAUUCCUCUAGCCCGAAUGCCCUUGAAUCCGAACGGCAAGAUUGACAAGCCUGCACUCCCCUUCCCCGACGAAGCAGAUCUUCUUCAAGUCGCCAAGAGGAGGGCUUCGUCAGUGAUUGCCAGCAUGACCGACACUCAAGCUCGACUGGCCAAAAUAUGGGCAUCAGUUCUCCCUAACCGCACUGCACGUAUGUUUGUGCCUGAAUCCAACUUCUUUGAUGAAGGUGGCCACUCAAUCCUUGCACAACAGAUGUUUUUCCGCCUCAAGAAGGAGUGGAAGGAUAUCGAUGUGCCAGUCAAUGUUAUUUUCCGGUCGCAGACUCUCGAAGCCCUCGCCGCAGAGAUCGACAGAGCCCAGGACCCCAUUGGCCUGCGACUGGACGCGAUGCCUCUCAUCGGAGAUGGCACCACGGAGGACGAGGCAUACGCCGCGGAUGCAAGGGAUCUAGCGUCUCAGCUUCCCGAGUCCAUCCCGCAAGCACCCGGGCCUCAGAGCUACACAGAGGCUGGGCCCACGGUGCUUUUGACUGGUGCGACAGGCUUCCUCGGCUCCUAUGUCCUACACGAGCUCCUCGAAGGCCCUAAGAGAGCGCGUGUAAUCGCGCACGUCAGAGCCAAGGAUGCAGCGGCAGGCUUGGCACGCGUCGAGGCGGCAACAAAGGCCUACGGCUUGUGGUCCCCAAGCUGGACGAGCACAAACAGACUUGAAGUUGUGGUGGGAGAUAUAUCCAAGCCACGCCUCGGCCUGCUCGAGGAGACAUGGGAUCACCUCUCCAAUACGGUAGACCUAGUCAUCCACAACGGCGCCCAGGUCAACUGGAUGCUGCCGUACUCCAGCAUGCGGGCAGCCAAUGUGCUGAGCACGCUGGACUGCAUCCAACUUUGCUCGACAGGGAAGCCCAAGCGACUGGCAUUCGUCAGCUCAACCUCGACGCUGGACAAUGACCACUACGUGCAGCUCUCUCAAGAUAUCGAGACUGGCGUGCCUGAGGCUGAUGACCUUGAGGGCAGCCGUAAGGGCCUUGGCACAGGCUAUGGCCAGUCCAAGUGGGCGAGCGAGUUUGUCAUUCGCGAAGCCGGGCGGAGGGGCCUUGUAGGAGCCAUUAUCCGACCCGGAUACAUCACAGGCGAUCCAGCAUCGGGCAUUUCCGUCAUGGACGACUUCCUGGUCCGCCUAUGGAAGGGCUGCUUGCAGGUGGGAGCGCGCCCUGACAUUGCAAACACGCUCAAUGCAGUCCCUGUUACGCAGAUCAGCCGCAUCGUCGUUGCCGCAGCGUUCCAUCUCUCCGCUACUACUGAGCAAUCACUGGGCGUGGCUCAGGUCACCAGUCACCCACGCUUAAGACUGAAUGAGUGGAUGGGUGCCCUCGAGCUCUAUGGAUAUGGCGUGCCCAAGGUACCGUACCAGGAGUGGUGCACCAAGGUCAUCGACUACACAAGUGACGAUAGCAAGGAGGAACACGCUCUGCUCCCGCUGUUCCACUUUGUGGUGGGCAACCUGCCCGCAAACACCAUUGCUCCCGAGUUGGAUGAUAGCAAUGCCGUAGCAGCUCUGCGGUCAUAUGAUGAAGGGAACGGGAGUCGGGAUGCAAAGUCUUCUCCGAGCACACUUGAUAUGGAUAUCCUUGGCAUGUACUUGGCGUACCUGGUUGCAGUUGGAUUCCUACCACCGCCGACAGAGAAGGGCGAGCAUGAGCUGCCAAAGGUUGACGAGAUAAGAUUGCAGGCCAUUGCUGCAGAUAGCUUGGGUGGUAGAUCUGCAAGGCCGUAG